GUCUCAGAAAUGACAUCUGUCCUCUGCACAAUGGUCCCCAUCUGCACUCAGGGCUACCACGUCGCCUGCAGGCUUCAUACUGUUAUGUGGACAAGAAGAUCUUACAGAAGAAAUGCUACUUCUCCAGUUGUUUCCUGAGGUGUCCAGUUGUUUCCUGAGGUGUCCAGUUGUUUCCUGAGGUGUCCAGUUGUGCCCCCAUGGAGAUCCAGUUCAGUUGUGAAUCUCAGGAGCACCACCUUCUGUCAGAUGGUGAGACAAAGAUCAAGAUUGGAGAGCCAGCUUCAGAGGAGGAAAUGACAGGAAACAUUGAAACAUUGGCUGAAGAAUCUGGCAGCCUCACUGAGGAUGUUCUCCAGAAUUCCAAAAGCAAAGAAUUCCGUGAAUCAGGGGAUGAACUGAAUGACCAGAAUCUUUUAGAGAGAAGACAGUAUGCCUGUGAUGAAUGCGGCCAAAGCUUUGCUUGGAAUACAGGUCUUAUUAGGCACCAAAGAACUCAUUGGGAGAAACCUUAUGAAUGUGACGAAUGUGGAAAGGCCUUUCGAAUGAGCUCAGCCCUGGUUCUGCAUCAGAGAAUCCAUACUGGAGAGAAACCCUAUCCUUGUAAUUGGUGUAUUAAAAGCUUCAGUCGGAGCUCAGACCUUAUUAAACAUCAAAGAGUCCACACAGGUGAAAAACCUUACAAAUGUGAUGAAUGUGGGAAAGCCUUCAGCCAGAGCUCAGAUCUUAUUAUACACCAGAGAAUCCAUACAGGAGAGAAACCCUACCAAUGCAGUCACUGUAGGAAAAGUUUCAGCCAGCGCUCAGACAUGGUUAAACAUCAGAGAAUCCACACUGGAGAGAAGCCUUACAUGUGUAACCAGUGCAACAAACAUUUCAGUCAGAGCUCUGAUCUUAUAAAGCAUCAAAGAAUCCACACUGGGGAGAAACCAUAUAAGUGUGAUGUUUGUGGGAAAGCCUUUAGUCAGAGCUCCGAUCUUAUUCUACACCAGAGAAUCCACACUGGGGAGAAGCCAUACCCAUGUGCUCAGUGCAACAAAAGUUUUAGUCAGAACUCAGACCUUAUUAAACACAGAAGGAUUCACACUGGAGAGAAGCCAUAUAAAUGUAGUGAAUGUGGGAAGGCUUUUAACCAGAGCUCAGUCCUUAUUUUGCAUCAAAGAAUUCAUACUGGAGAGAAACCCUAUCCAUGUAACCAGUGUACCAAAACCUUCAGUAGGCUUUCAGAUCUUAUUAAUCAUCAGCGAAUUCACACUGGAGAGAAGCCUUUCCCAUGUAGUCAAUGUAGUAAAAUGUUUAGUAGAAGGUCAGAUCUUGUUAAACAUUAUAGAAUCCAUACUGGUGAGAAGCCCUAUGAAUGUGAUGAAUGUGGGAAAACUUUUAGUCAGAGUUCCAAUCUUAUUCUCCACCAGAGAAUCCACACUGGAGAAAAACCAUAUCCUUGCAGCGGGUGUUCUAAAAGUUUUAGUCGCCGUUCAGAUCUCAUAAAGCAUCAACGAAUACAUACUGGAGAAAAACCAUAUACAUGCAAUUUGUGCAAUAAAAGUUUUAGUCAAAGUUCAGACCUCACUAAACAUCAGAGAAUACAUUCCGGUGAAAAGCCCUACCACUGUGAUAGAUGUGACAAAGCCUUUAGUCAGAGUUCUGACCUUAUCCUUCACCAUAGAGUCCACACAGGAGAAAAACCAUAUGCAUGCUCACAGUGUACCAGAAGUUUCAGUCAGAAUUCAGACCUUAUUAAACACCAGAGAAUCCACACCGGAGAGAAACCAUACAAGUGCAAUGUGUGUGGGAGGGCUUUCAGUCAGUGCUCAGCUCUUACCCUUCAUCAGAGAAUCCACACUGGGGAAAAACCAUACCCAUGUGCUCAAUGUGGCAAAAACUUUAGUAGGCGCUCUGAUCUCACUAACCAUCAGAGAAUCCACAUUGGUGAAAAACUACAAAUAUGA